CCACCAUCUUGGGUGUCAGUCAGUGCAGCAGGGCCGCGACACGGACGGUCUCGAUGAGAUGCGCCCCCCGCUGAGAGCCCCGGGCCCCGUUGGGGGCUUCCACCUCGCUCGGCUUCACUGCUAGUGGCUCCUGCUCUAGUUUUUUACCCCUGAGUCGCACCCCGUUCGCGAAAACGCAGAAAGAUGUCGUCGGUGAAGGUGGCAGUCAGGGUGCGUCCCUUCAACAACAGGGAGGUCUCGAGGGAGUGCACUUGCAUCAUCGAGAUGUCCGGAAAUACCACAACAAUCUGCAACCCGAAAUUGCCUCCAGGAAGCAAGGAGGCGAUUAAAAGCUUCAAUUUCGAUUACUCCUACUGGUCUCACACAGAUGAGGCCGACCCAGAGUUUUGUGGCCAGGACGUGGUUUACAGUGAUAUCGGCGAAGAAAUGCUGCAGCAUGCCUUUGAAGGCUACAACGUGUGCAUCUUCGCGUACGGCCAGACAGGCGCUGGCAAGUCGUACACGAUGAUGGGAAAACAGGAGGAGGGCCAGGAAGGUAUCAUCCCUCAGGUCUGCCAGGACCUGUUCGGCAGAAUAAAAUCAAGCUGCUCAGAAGACAUCAAGUACUCAGUGGAGGUCAGCUACAUGGAGAUCUACUGCGAGAGGGUGCGUGAUCUACUCAACCCAAAGAACAAGGGAAACCUCAGGGUGCGUGAACACCCGCUGCUAGGCCCAUAUGUCGAGGAUCUGAGCAAACUCGCCGUUACUUCUUACCAAGACAUCCACGAUCUCAUUGAUGAAGGAAACAAAGCCAGAACUGUCGCCGCUACAAACAUGAAUGAAACUUCAAGCAGGUCUCACGCAGUGUUCACUAUAUUUUUUACUCAGCAGCGCUUCGAUGCUGACACAUCGCUCACUACUGAAAAGGUGAGCAAAAUUUCACUCGUGGACUUGGCUGGUUCAGAGCGAGCUGACUCGACGGGCGCCAAAGGAACUCGGCUGAAAGAGGGAGCGAAUAUCAACAAAAGUCUCACUACACUAGGAAAAGUUAUAUCAGCUUUAGCUGAAAUGGCCACAAAGAAAAAGAAAAAGGCUGAUUUCAUCCCAUACCGCGACUCGGUGCUGACGUGGCUGCUGCGAGAAAAUCUGGGCGGAAACUCAAAGACCGCCAUGAUCGCAGCCAUCAGCCCCGCCGACAUUAAUUACGAUGAGACUCUUUCCACUCUCAGGUAUGCUGACCGUGCCAAGCAGAUCGUGUGCAAGGCAGUGGUCAACGAGGAUGCCAACGCCAAACUCAUCCGGGAACUCAAAGAGGAGAUCAUGCGGCUGAGAGAAAUGCUCAAGGCCGAAGGCAUCGAGGUGCAAGAAGCAGGCCCCGAUGGCAAAGUGAUUUAUGAAAAAAGAGAGCCCAAUAAUAAUAACAGGGAGGAAGGCGAGACCAAGGUGAUAAAGCCCGAGGACGGCGAGCGCAGCAACAAAGUUGCACCUGCUUCCUACAUCGCCGAAGAAGCUGUGGAUCAACUGCAGGCCAGCGAGAAAUUGAUUGCCGAGCUUAACGAGAGCUGGGAGGAUAAGCUAAAACGAACCGAGUCCAUUAGACUGCAGAGGGAAGCCGUCUUUGCGGAAAUGGGUGUGGCUGUUAAGGAAGAUGGAAAAACUGUUGGAGUGUUUUCGCCUAAGAAGACCCCUCACCUGGUGAACUUGAAUGAAGAUCCAUUCAUGUCAGAGUGCUUGCUCUACUACAUCAAGGACGGCAUAACCAGGGUGGGUACCUCAGACGCUCUGUCAGCUCAGGACAUCCAGCUAAGUGGGCCGCACAUCAAAGCUGAGCACUGCGUGUUCGAGAACAGGGGAUCUGUCAUUUCACUUGUGCCAAUGCCUGGUGCUUUGUGCUACGUCAACGGUAGGGAGAUCAAGGAGGCGAUUGUCUUGCAGACAGGCUCCAGAGUGAUUCUCGGCAAGAACCACGUCUUCAGGUUCAACCACCCUGACCAAGCUCGUGAGAGGCGAGAGAAUUGUGAGAAGAGUGAAAUCACGGAAACCCAGAGCUCCCCGGUGGAGACUCCAAAGGAGACUGAGACUGUCGACUGGGACUUUGCCCAAGUUGAGCUCCUAGAGAAGCAGGGCAUCGACCUCAAGAUAGAAAUGGAAAAGCGCCUGGUUGUUCUCGAAGAACAGUUCAGGCGCGAAAAAGAGACGGCCGAUCAGUUGUUUGAGGAGCAACGCAAAAAUUACGAAGCCAGGAUCGACGCCCUUCAGCGGCAGGUCGAGGAACAAAGCAUGACCAUGUCCAUGUACAGCUCCUACACCCCUGAAGACUUCAAUGUUGAGGAGGAUAUAUUUGUGAAUCCGCUCUUUGAUGUAGCUUGCAACUGGGGCGAUCGAGAGUAUCAGUUGGCAGCGUGGGCCUUCCGCAAAUGGAAAUUCCACCAAUUCACUUCCCUAAGGGAUGACCUCUGGGGCAACGCCAUCUUCCUCAAAGAGGCCAAUGCAAUUUCCGUGGAGCUCAAAAAGAAGGUUCAGUUCCAGUUCACGCUGCUGACGGACAGCUUGUACUCGCCUUUGCCUCCCGACCUAAUGCCUCCUGAGGAAGAGGAGGAGGAAGAGCGUCCUGUGGCUCGCACUAUCGUUGCAGUGGAAGUGCAAGAUCUGAAGAAUGGUGCCACUCACUACUGGACUCUGGAAAAAUUGCGCCACCGGCUUGAGCUGAUGCGGCAGAUCUACAACCAAGAGCUGCUAAGCCCCACCACACCCGAUCAGCCGCGGGAGGAUUUGUUGCAUUGCUUGGCCGCAUGUGCCAAUCAGAAGUUCUCCCUUACUAAUCUCUUGCCUUCGAGGCUGGCGCUUGCCAACAAAAUCCAGCGCCUGGAGCUGAUGCGGGAGAUGUACCACAAUGAGGCUGAGCUGUCUCCUACCUCCCCCGACUACAAUGUAGAGAAUCUGACCGGCGGGGACCCCUUUUACGACAGGUUCCCUUGGUUCAGGAUGGUGGGCCGGGGCUUUGUGUACCUCAGCAACCUGAUGUAUCCUGUGCCCCUGAUCCACAAAGUUGCCAUUGUGAACGAAAAGGGCGACGUCAAAGGCUGGCUCAGGGUAGCUGUGCAGGCGGUAUUAGAGGACAAUAGCGAAUAUGCUAGCGGAGUUCGUCAGUCAGCAAGAAUUGCAUUUGACGAGGAAGUUCACAAGCCAAAACGGACCGUGACUCAUCAACUGGAGCCUGUGAAACUAGAAGAAAUAGAGGUCAAUGACUGUGACAGUGGGCGUGGAGACAGUUCUGUUUCCUCGGAUGCUAAGGACGAAGAGCUGCCUGAUCAUUUGGCUGUGGGACGCGAGUUUACCUUCAGGGUGACUGUGCUGCAGGCAGUAGGCGUUUCCACAGAGUAUGCUGAUAUUUUCUGCCAGUUUAAUUUCCUUCAUCGCCAUGAUGAAGCUUUCUCUACUGAGCCAGUUAAGAAUACUGGAAAGGGUACCCCACUUGGAUUUUAUCACGUGCAAAACAUAACCGUAACCGUGACAAAACCAUUCCUGGAAUACAUCAAGACGCAACCUAUCGUGUUUGAGGUCUUUGGCCACUACCAGCAACAUCCUCUGCACAAAGUGGCCAAGCAGGAUUGUUCUAAUUCCUUCAGUGGACGCCAACCUCCCCGCAGGAUGCUGCCACCGCACAUUCCUAUCAGCCAGCCUGUUCGAUCGCCUAAAUUCGGGGCUCUGCCCUCUCCCAGCACCAGCCACGUGCACGCCAAGUACGACGUGCUUGUGUGGUUUGAAAUUUGCGAGCUUGCUCCAAGUGGCGAGUAUGUGCCGUGCGUAGUCGAGCACAGUGAUGACCUGCCGUGCAGAGGUCUCUUCUUGCUUCACCAAGGCAUUCAGCGCCGUCUCCGCAUCACCAUCGUCCACGAACACGCGGCUGAACUCAGGUGGCGUGACGUGCGAGAGCUUGUAGUUGGCCGCAUCAGGAACACACCAGAGCCGGAGGAGGAGGACAACGACAACUCUGUCCUCUCGCUUGGGCUGUUCCCUGGCGAGGUAAUCGAGAUUCCUGGAGAUGACAGGCAAAUGUUCCGGUUUGAGGCAGCCUGGGACUCGUCGCUGCACAACUCGCCUCUCCUCAACAGGGUCACCGCCAAUGGAGAGCACAUUUUCAUGACAAUUUCUGCUUACAUGGAACUUGAGAAUUGCGGACGUCCAGUGAUCGUGACGAAAGACCUGAGCAUGGUGCUGUACGGCCGAGACGCACGGACUGGGCCAAGGUCCCUGAAGCACUUGUUCAGUGGAAACUACAAGAACACUGAGGCAAACAGACUGUCUGGGGUGUAUGAGCUCGUUUUGAAGCGUGCUUCGGAAGCAGGUAGCCCAGGAGUUCAAAGGCGACAGCGCCGAGUGCUGGACACAAGCUCCACAUAUGUCAGAGGCGAAGAAAACUUACAUGGAUGGCGACCCCGCGGCGACUCUCUCAUUUUUGACCAUCAGUGGGAGCUGGAAAAACUCACACGACUGCAGGAGGUUGAAAAAGUCAGGCAUCUUCUGUUGCUUAGAGAAAGACUCGGCAUUGACCGACAGCCCCAACGCACACACGAACUCAACAAAUCUGAGAAGGAGGUGUGCAACAUGGUGGCCAAAGCGACCAAUGAGGGCCGCAUGAGCCCCGUGCCGCCAGUGCCCGUGGUGCGUUCUCCUAGCAAAGACGUGUACGAACCGUGGCAGAUGACCGAGAGGGAACGAGAGUUGACCCAAAAGUGUGUCCGACUCAUCCAGGGCAGGUCGAUGAAGGAGAUGCCAGAAAACAAACAGGGCGAGGCCUCACCCAUGGACGAAACAUCAGACAUGAGCUGCAGCAUGAUGUCCAUGGCAUCCAGUGUCUCGCAAGACGGACUGUCUAAACGUUUGCUCCACCUGCCUAUUCGCCCGCACAUAUUAUCAUGGCUGCCUUCCCCUGAGAAGUUGCCCCGAGCCGCACUGCCUGACCCGCUUGAUAGCCCCCUGGGAAGCCCCAACUCGGGCCUGGUGCUGUAUGUGCCCGAGAGUGAGGAAAUCAGGGUAAGCCCCGUCGUCUCGAGGAAAGGCUACCUCAACAUUCUCGAGGAAAAGACCAACGGCUGGAAGAAGAGAUGGGUGGUGGUGAGGAGGCCUUACGUGUUCAUAUUCAGAGACGAAAAGGACGCCGUGGAGCGAGGCCUCAUUAACCUUGCUACGGCACAGGUCGAGUACUCUGAGGACCAGCAGGCCAUGGUCAAAGUUCCCAACACAUUCAGUGUGGUGACCAAGCACAGAGGAUAUCUGCUGCAGACGUUGACAGACCGGGAGGUGCACGACUGGCUGUACGCGAUAAACCCCCUGCUGGCCGGGCAGAUCAGGUCUAAACUGGCGCGUCGACGACCUCUGCCAGCCAGCAACCCUCCCCCCGCCCCUAUCCCUGCCAAGUGAUUGGAGGAGAUCGAGCCAGCAAAGUGAAUGCAAGCAAGCACGAGCAAGCCGCAUUGAAUAUAAAUUUAAAAAUAAGAUGGUUAAUUAACGACAAAACUUAAAAGAGGAUAAAAAGAAUCACUGUAAGCCCCUUUCAUUUGCAGACGCUUGGCAAAUCACGCUUGUCAAUGUUUUCUGUUUCUAGUCGCUUCAAACGCUGAUAUUUGCUACUUUUCCCGCAAUUUUAUUUUCUGUGAUAAUCUGAUACUGGAAUAGAGACGGUUUCUUCUCUUUUAGUCAAUGUAUUUAUUAUGGUUGAUGUAUCUCAUUGCCCCAUAGCUUCAGUCGGUCGGAGCUUGCCUGUCUGUUCAUUCGUGUAAAUACUGUUCGAGGAGAUAAUUGGCUGCUGCAUUUGUAGGCUGAGUUAUUUUAAGGAACGAGAUGUUACCUGUGUGGUCAGUCAACAGGCCAUUUUUUAUUUCGUUUGGACCAAAUGAUUUACUUUGAAUCUCUGAUUAUUUUGGUAACAAAUUUUUAAUUUACCAAUUUGAUUUACGAAUUCCCAAGACUGACACAGAGUACAUUUCUAUGAUUCUGCCCUGAGACUCAUUUUGCAUUUUUAAUCCCCGCCAUGACAAAAUUGGACUGGCCACUGAUAUUGCGAGUGAUUAUGAAUUAGCCUCCUGAUUUGAGCACCGCGCGCGCAUUCUAACGCCAAACCACCACUGCAAAAAAAGAUGAAAAUACAUGAAAUAUCCAAAGAUUACGAUUGAUCUCAUGUAACAGCAAAACUACUACUGCUUGUAUUUAACUCUUAACAUGUGUAUGUAUAGCACCAAGUAUUAUCUCACUAUGAUGUAACUGAUAAGAGGUGGAGAGUCAAGGGGACAGGCACUAGUAGCCUUGGUGCGCACUACAUGCUCUUGUCCGAAGUCAAGUUUUUGCAAAUUGGAUCAAAAAGUCUUAACAAGUAAAGAAUGCAUCUUCACAUUCUAAUGAAUAUGGGACUUCAAUAAUUUGUGACACAAAAUUUCAAUCUGGUUGAAAUUCGGAGCAGCUAAUAAUUUAAGAUUUUUUAUGUAAUUUUAAGAUCCAAACUUGAUUUCCUGUUUCAUUCCAAUGCAAUCGUAUUUCAAAUCUGAGCUCAUCAGUGAUAUUAUUUGUUAGUCCUCUGUAAGUGUCACACCCAAAAUUGCGAAACUGUUAUUAUUGUAUGUACUAAUAUUAUUGUUUCAUUGGCAGAAUUCCAAAAUAAAGCUUUAGAAUAUAUUAUUUGAA